AUGGCAAGUUUCUACAGCCGGGUUCAGCUGCGCCAUGACAAAUUGCAAAAGGUGAUUGCGGACUCUCAAGCCCUCUGGGAGCAGUUGCAAGCAGAAGGAGCGGUCAGUGAAGAGGAGUUCACGGCAAUCCACUUAAAAUUGAGGCAAUGCUUGGGGAGUUUUGAGAAGGAGUUAUUCCAAUACUUAAACGCAGUACCAGAUGCGGAUGUUAUUGAAUUAACUCAGAAUCAAUUAGUGGCUGAAGAUCUGUUGACGGAAUUGGAAGUUGCGUGGCAGAUCUCCAAAAGACAGAAGGAAACCGUUAAGAAAUCCAAACUGCCCGAACUAAGCCUUCCCUCCUUUUCGGGGGACAAGUUAAAAUGGUGCGAAUUUUGGGACCGGUUUGCAGCUAAUGUACACCAUAGAGAGUUACAGGAAUCUGAGAAACUAAUGUACCUCCUGAGCUGCCUAAAGGGUUCAGCACUUGAGACGGUUUCGGGAAUAGCGGCGACCAACGCAAACUACUCCGUUGCAGUGGAAACUUUGAAGCGAAGAUAUGGGUCAACUAACACUCUGAUUGACGCACAUUAUACGGCCCUCAACAACCUCCAAAAGGCAGACUAUACUAGUGCCAGCUGUCGGAGUGUCCUAGACAGUGUUGAACGGAAUAUCAGGGUGUUAGAGAAGCUCGGGGAACCAGUUGGAGGCAACCAUUUAAGGGCAUUAGUACUGUCAAAAUUUCCUGAACAGGUUAUACGUGAGCACCACCUCAUCGGUGAAGGUACUGACUUGAUGGCCAUCAGAAACAGUCUAGAUAGAAUUAUAACGGCAAUGGAAGUCAGCACCAAGUACAGAGUACAUUGCCGUGCCUGGCAGUAG